AAUGAGCCUCGCUCAGGAUCGUUUCUUAGUUCAGACACGGACGGAGAGCAGACAGAGACAGUCUCUUCUCCUCCCCCUCUUCCUCCUCCGUACUCUUCCUCAUCUCUCUUCUGUGUCUCUCCAUCCAUAUGCGUCUUUUGGAUACCUCUAGAGCGCGUCAGUCCGCCUGGAUCAGUCCAUCCUCCCUCCACAUGUCCUCUCCACUGUAGUCCCACUGGACGCUGUUUUUAAGGUGAUGAUGAUGAUGAUGAUGAUGAUGAUGAUGAUGAUGAUGAUGCCUGGCUAAAAGGCUCGCAGCAGUCUUCAUCCUCCAGCCAAACGCAGCGGGAGCGCCGCCUGAAGAAGAGCUUGGUGCUACUGCCUUCCUCUCUUGGAGCGAUCUGCGUAAAUGGAUUUAUGUUUGUCGAAGAAAAGUUGGAUUUUGAAAAGAGCCCCGUGGACACGUAACAUGGACAGAUUCGGAGUGCGUUUGUAGAAUCGGUGCUUUUGUGUUGGAAUCACACCGGGAGAGGAGAUGCACAGAGCGUGGAUACUCUUCUUUCUGAUAGAAGAGGGUUUUGCUCUGGCACAGCGAACUAAAGAUCUCCCAAGCGACCAUGGCGCCCAGACCCCCAACCAGAACGACUGCGGCACGUGGGUCCGCAACAUCAACGGUGGGGUGUUCACGUCGCCAAACUACCCCACGACGUACCCACCCAACAAGGAGUGCGUUUACAUCCUGGAAGCUCUACCCAGACAAAGGAUCCAGCUGGCUUUCGAUAAGAAUUACUACAUCGAGCCAUCUUUCGAGUGCCGCUUCGACCACAUCGAAAUCCGGGAUGGGCCAUUUGGGUUCUCGCCCCUCAUUGAUCGCCUGUGUGGGGGAAAGAACCCGGGACUGGUCACAUCGACGGGACGUUUCAUGUGGAUCAAGUUCACUAGCGACGAGGAGCUGGAAGGACUCGGAUUCCGGAUUAAAUACACCUUCAUCGCGGACCCUGAUUUCCAUCUGCACGUGGGCGGACUGCUAAACCCCAUCCCAGACUGUCAGUUUGAAAUUGGUGGAUGGGAUGGGAUUAUUCGCUCCAGUCAGGUGGAGGAGGAGGAGAAAGUGAAGCCUGGUGAAGCUCUGGACUGUAUCUGGACCAUCAGGGCUCCUCCUCAGUCCAAGAUCUACCUGCGCUUCAUGGAGUACCAGAUGGAACACUCCAAUGAGUGCAAGAAGAACUUUGUGGCCGUGUACGAUGGCAGCAGCGCCAUCGAAAACCUCAAGGCCAAGUUCUGCAGCACCGUGGCCAACGAUGUGAUGCUAGAUAACGGAGUGGGAGUCGUGCGAAUGUGGGCUGACGAGAAGAGCAGACUCAGCCGAUUCCGCAUGCUCUUCACCUCAUUCGUUGACCCCCCCUGUUCAGGCAAUUCAUUCUUCUGCCACAGCAACAUGUGUAUUAACAACUCCCUGGUGUGCAAUGGAGUUCAGAACUGUGUCUACCCAUGGGAUGAAAACCACUGCAAAGAGAAACGAUCUAAGGGUAUUUUUCAUCAGAUCACUAAGACCCACGGCACCGUCAUUGGUGUCUCGUCAGGCAUCGUGCUGGUUCUUCUUAUCAUCUCCAUCCUGGUCCAGAUGAAGCAGCCGAGGAAAAAGGUGGUAGCUCGCAGGCCCGGUGUUUUCAACAAGGCGGGCUUCCAGGAGGUGUUUGACCCGCCCCACUACGAGCUCUUCUCUCUGCGUGACAAGGAGAUUUCCUCAGAUAUGGCCGACCUGUCCGAGGAGCUGGACAACUUCCACAAGCUGCGGCGCUCCUCCACCAUGUCCCGCUGCGUGCACGAGCACCACUGCGGCUCGCAGGGCUCCAUGGCGACCGGCGGCGGCAGCAUGAAGCACAGCCGCACCACCCUGAGCUCCAUGGAGCUGUCCUAUCACAACGACUUCUCCAAGCCACCUCCCAUGAAGACGUUCAACUCCACGUCCAGCUACAAGAAGAGCUGCUACGGCUACAAGCAGCACUCACAGACUCACGACUGCGACCAGCAGGUCAUCGAGGACCGCGUCACAGAGGAGAUCCCAUGUGAGAUCUACGGCCGUGGUGUAGGAGGAGCCACCGGUGGAACCAUGGGAACCAUGGGAGGAGGACCGUCAGGGAUUGCAGGAGGAGGGAUCGGAGGACCGGUGGGGAUCACAGGAGGAAUGGCGAUGGCAGGGGGAAUGGGUAUGGGGGGAGGAGUGGGCAUGGCGGGGCCCAGUGGCAUCGCUGGAGGGAUCGGCGGUGGGAUGGCAGGAGCCUGCGGAACCCUCGGUGUCCGCGGCAACAGCGCUCGCAACAGCACCACAAUAGUUGACCCAAACCAUCGCUCCAUGUCCAUGGACUUCUAGGCGAGGAACGGAAUGUCUUGAAUUUCACUCAUUGGAAGAAAAGACAGAAGAAAAGAAGACAGGAGAGAUCACAUUAAUCUUAAAUUGAUCACUCCUCUUCCCACUUCUGCCUUUGCUUUUUAAACAGUAAUAACAUAAUUACACACUUAAGGAUCUUCUCUCAAACAGUCGCCUGAAGGUUGGGAAACGAAUAGGGAUCAAGGAUCCAAAAGACACAAAAAAAACGGACUAUGGUUCCAUUAUUAAGGAUUCUGAACGACGUAGGGUGCAGGAGACAUAUUAUCUCUCCUCCGGUCUAAAACUCAUGUAAUCUCUCCGUUUCAUAAGAAGAGGGUUCUUGCAUGCAGACCCAGACUUCUCUCUGUUUGGGAGCCGAUACGACCAGGUAACCAUUCUGAAACAAAGAGAGAAAAAAGAUGAAGACACACCCCUGACUGAGUUUCUACAUGUAUUCACCUGUCAUGCACAGAUAUAUGAUAUAUAGUGUGUCUUCUAAUCAUUUGAGUCUUUAUUUUUUGUCAGUGUACUGUACUGUUAAAACCAGUAUAUAUCCAGCCUCAUGACGACGCUUGGCUUUUAACUCCUUAAUCUUUUACAGAUGUUGCUCAGAUGAUUUAAUGAUGGUGAUGAUGAUGAGGCUGAUGAUGAUGAUGAUGAUGAUGACGAUGUUAACGAUGUGAUAUAACUAAUAAUUCUGUAAUUUUAAUGGUUACCUUACACAUAAUUGGAAGGUAAACUCCAUUCAGUCUCUCCUCAGGAAGAGCACAUGUAGAGACUUAUUUUAGUAAGAAAUACAGAGAGAGAAAGGUCUAUUCGUGCUCUGUGAGCUUUAUAGCAUAUGGGCGUUAUGGCUUUAAGUGAUCAUUUAUGGAAUAUAAAAAUGUGUGGUUUGAGUCCUGGACUGAAUCAAAAUAGCAACCAUCCCACUCCCAAACCCCCUUAGCAGGAGAAAAUAUAAUUUCUCAAUUCCCCUCAUGAACUGAGUGUGUAAAACAAGCACAACCUGUUUCCAUGAGGAGACGGACAUGUAGCCUAAAUGGGAUUUAUGAUUUGAACCACUGGUUGUAUUAUUUCAUUCUGUUGAAUUAAAUGAGAGCAUACUCACCU